AUGAUAUGACUGAAAGACUCCUUUAUAUAUUUAAAAGCAGAAACACACAGCAUUGUUUAUAAUCUGAAUUUAAAAGUAUUCACGCAUGAUUAUACCUCUAUUAUUUGACUCGUAAAUCAGGACGUAGCUUUUAUUUUUCAAAUAACUUCAAAUGUAUCAUCUCUGAUUUGGCAACGCAUCACGGUUACUGAUCUGACCUACUGCACUUGCCGUAGUUAGAUUUCAAACAUGGCCGACGUCCGCACCUGCCCCACUACAGACUGAAUCAUUGGCAAUAUACGACCAUCAUUCAAACUAAUCUCUUCACGUGUCUGUGUUCUCUCUUUGUGUUUUGAAAUUCUCAGCCAAGUUAACCCAAAUUAGCGCAAAACGUGGUUGGACAGAGGUGGCGAAGUAGAGUGAAAAUGCGUGCCAGGACCACAGCAAAGUACGCGGAGGAAAUUUGUGCAACAAAAGAGGAAAAGGACCGUCUACAACUGGAAACUCCUUGGCAGCAGCCUCGUGUUGUGUUAAUCAGAGCAGAUAUCAGUGAAUAUUUUGGUCCUGAGCAGCAGAAGCCAGAGCGCCUUCACAUUAAAGAGGAAGAGGAGGACAAAGAGCUUGCCCACUUUGUGCAUCCUGUCAUCAAAACAGAUGACGUGGAGUCGGAGCAAUUUCACAUAAAAGAGGAGGAAAAAGACCUCUACGACAUUAAAAAGGAGAAGGAAGAAGAGGAUAUCUACAGUGUGCUCUCUUUGAAGAGUACCGAUGAGGGUCGUCGUGAGAUGAGCAAAGGGGCGGAGCCUCCAAGAAGCAGCUUAAGUCAACAAAUGACAAGAGGAAAUAACGGAGAGCACUGUGGAAGAUUGCAAGCAGACGGCCUCUUAUCGCCAGCAUCAGAUUGUGAUGACAUGUCACAUGCUCCUAGCGCUGAUGGUGACUGUGAUAUUGUAUACCAGUCCGAAAGCAAACAAUGGAAAUGUUCUCGGUGUUGGAAAAUGUUCGCUCAUAAAACGAGUUUCAAACGACACGUACUAAUACACACCGGUGAGAAACCUUUUUGCUGCUCGGUCUGUGGCCAAACAUUUUUUCAGAAAGGAAACUUAAACCAGCACACAAGAAUCCACACUGGUGAGAAACCAUUUUCCUGCUCGGUUUGUGGCCAACGAUUCUCUCAUAAGGGACACUUAAAAGCACAUACAAGAACACACACUGGUGAGAAACCUUUUUCUUGCUCAGUUUGUGGCCAAAAUUUCUCACAGAAGAUAGGCUUAAAUAAACAUGCAAGAACACACACUGGUGAGAAACCAUUUGCUUGCCCAUUUUGUGGCCAAAGAUUCUCGGAUAAGGCAAACUUAGAAAAACACAGAAGAACCCACACUGGUGAGAAACCCUUUUCUUGCUCUGUUUGUGGCCAAAGAUUCUCUCACAGGGGAAACUUAAAAAUACACACAAGAAGCCAUACUGGUGAGAAACCCUUUUCCUGCUCAGUUUGUGGCCAAAGAUUCUCUCAGAAGGGAAGCUUAAAAUUACACACAAGAACCCACACUGGUGAGAAACCUUUUACCUGCUCAGUUUGUGGCCACAGAUUCUCUCAGAAGGGAGGCUUAAAAAUACACACAAGAACCCACACUCGCCAAAAGCCUAUUUCCUGCUAACUUUGUGGACAAUGAUUCCCUCAUAGGGGAGCGCGCCCCACUAUUUGAGAAGCACUGGCCUAGGUGACUGAUUCACAAUUUGGUUUUGUCUGAUAUCAGAGAUUAAAUAAAGAAAACCAACUGGCUGA